AUGGUGCUGUCACGGUACAACUACCUCUUCGCGGUAGGCACAAUCUUUGCCUUCCUAGAUGCCUGGAACAUCGGUGCCAACGAUGUGGCCAACUCCUGGGCCAACUCGGUCGCUGCGCGAUCCGUUUCGUACAUCCAGGCCAUGUUUCUAGCCUCCAUAAUGGAAUUCAGCGGUGCCCUCGGUGUAGGUGCUCGCGUUGCCGAUACGAUUCGUACGAAGGUUGUCGACACCAGCGCUUUCAAGGACACCCCCGAGCUCCUCAUGCUUGGCAUGGUCUGCGCUGUCAUCGCUUCGUCUACUUUCCUUACCAUCGCUACCAAGUGCGGUUUCCCCGUCUCUACCACCCACUCCCUCCUCGGUGGAGUCAUUGGUAUGGGUAUAGCCACUGUUGGCGCCAACGGCGUCAAGUGGGUCGGAAGCAGCAAGGACGGCGCGACCGGCGUCAUUACCGGCGGUGUCGUCCAGGUCUUCCUCGCGUGGGUCAUCGCCCCCGUUCUGUCAGGUAUCUUCUCCGCCCUCAUCUUCACCAUCACCAAGUACGCUAUCCUGCUCCGCAAAAACCCUCUCAAGAUGGGUCUCUGGGCCGUGCCUGUGUACUUCUCCAUCGGCGCUGCACUCCUCGCCAUGUUGCUCAUCUGGAAGGGCGGCAGCUACAAGGUCGACCUCACUGACGCCCAGAUUCCCGGUGUCAUCGUCGGAACCGGCAUUGGUUUCGGUCUCCUCGUCGGCCUGACGCUUGUGCCGUGGCUCUACCGAGUCAUCUACCUCGAGGACUGGCAGAUGAGGUGGUACCACAUCUUCCAAGGUCCCUUCCUCUUCAAGAGGGGUCCGGUUCCCCCCGCGCCCGAAAGCUUCAAGGGCCCGGUCAAGAACUUCUACGAGGGCCAUCUCACUGUUGAGGAGCUUGAGGCUAGGCGUGCUAGGGCCCGCGCUGCCCGCGGUGAUGUUGAGAAUGGCUCGGGUGACAAGACUGACGGUGCUAUUGCCGGUGAGAAGGUCGUCGGUUCGGACUGCUCCGCGGACCACUCCACGGGCGAGGUUCAGGAACAGCCCCAGAAGAAGUCUCUCGUCGGCCCCAAGCCCGAUGGCCCUUGGUAUUCGGGACACGUCCUCUUUUGGUACGUCAAGUGGGCUCUUCUCCGUGGUGUUGACCGCGACGUCGUUAGCGCCCAGUCCGAGAAGACCGUCAUUGGCGGUGACAUUCAGGAAAUGCAUGCCCGUGCCCAGCAGUUCGACAACAAGACGGAGUACCUCUUUACCUUCCUUCAAAUCAUGACUGCUGCCACGGCCUCCUUCACCCACGGCGCCAACGACGUCUCUAACGCCAUCGGUCCCUACGCUACCAUUUACGAAAUUUGGGACUCGGGGGUCCUUCCCGAAUCGGGAAAGUCUCAGGUACCCACCUGGAUUCUCGUAUUCGGCGGCGCCGGAAUUGUGAUCGGCUUGUGGAGCUACGGCUAUAAAAUAAUGUCGAAUUUAGGAAACCGCUUGACGCUCCAGUCACCAUCGCGAGGUUUUUCGAUUGAAAUGGGUGGUGUUAUCGCUAUUAUCAUGGCUACGCGUCUCAAGCUCCCCAUUUCGACCACACAGUGCAUCACCGGUGCUACUGUGGGCGUUGGUCUCUGCAAUGGUGAUUGGCGGGCUAUCAACUGGCGUAUGGUUGCCUGGAUUUACCUCGGGUGGUUCAUCACCCUCCCUUGCGCUGGUAUUAUCUCUGGUGUUCUCAUGGGCUUCAUUAUCAACGCUCCUCGCUGGCCGAUGUCCUAA